ACACGUAAACAUGGCAGCGAACAUAGAGCAAAUAUUCCAAGAUUUUAUAUUGAAUAAGAUCAGAGAAAUUGAAGACCAGAAUGAAGAUAAAGCUGCUGUUGAAGGAGUGGGUGCUCACGGUGAGACGGCUGGAGCAGAGAAAACUCCGUCAGAGAGAGACAAACAGGAAGAGUUCAGGUGCAGCGGCUCACAGAAGAAACAUAAAAAGCACAAAAAACACAAAAGCAAGAAGAAGAAGAGGAACCAGGAGAAGGAGAGCAGCUCAGAGUCUGCAGCAGAACUGGACGCAAGAAGUAAACAUCAGAGCAGAAGAGGAACACCAAUAGCGGCGAAUAAGGAGCAAAGUGAAGAUAACAGCUGUAAAUCCAGAUGCCACAAACGGUCAACAGGAAAGAGGAAGAAAAAGAAGAGGAAGCGGAAAAGUGAAGGGAGAGGAAACUCAUCAGAUUCGGACUCAGAAUGCGUAUCAAAGCAGAAGGGUAGUAAACGCGGUCAAAGCUCAUCGCCACGGCGCCGAGAAGACCUGCCUGAUAUCAUCCCAAAACAGGACAGCUCCAAUAAAGAAAGAGGAGAUGAGGAAAGCUAUGACGGGAGGAGUCGUCGUUCCCGUUCCAAGUCACAUUCCAAUUGUCGGUCCCAUUCCUGCUCGGUGAGGAGGAACUCUCACUCUCGGUCUGGACAUCACCAUCGAAAAUCUAGAAGUCGUUCCCGGUCUGGUUCACAGCACCACAGGACCUGGUCCAGCUCUUCAGAGAAGAAGGAAGCUUUGGAUCAAUCCUCACAGUCUAGCCAGGUUCAUUCAAAAGGCCUCCAGCUGCCCCAGCUGCUAUCCAGCCAGACAGGAAUAAACAUCAGUGCAGAGGUGCACACAGAGCCAUGCACUGAGCUGCAGAGCUCUGACCAGAGUGGCAAGUCUGCAGAGACAAAACAAGAGCAAGCAGAGGACACAACAGAAAGACAAGGUUCUACUACAUCCCAGUCUAUGCUGAACCAGUCUACAUCUACUGAACCUUACCAGACCACUGAGCCCAGCCUCCCUCAGUGUAAAGCGUCAGAGUGCCCCAGGUCAACCUCUGCUACCAAUGUUAAAUCACCAGUAAAGAAGAAGAGGAAACCAUCCAAAUCCCCUCAGAGGAACAAAGAAGUUAAGUCAUCAAAGAAGCAGAAAAGAUCGAAGUCACCAUCUAAGAGCCACAAGAGGGGAUCCAGAUCCAGCAGCCCUUCAAGAAAGAGAAGAUCACGGUCAAGAUCAGGGGGCCGGAGGUCACGGAGGUCACGCUCACGGUCGGUGUCACGGGGGCGAAGAAGAGCAACAUACAGUCAGAGGGACCGCUGGAAACGAGAGCCGAGUCACUCCCCUGUACUCAUCCUCCGCAAAAAUAGAUCACCCACUCGGAAACACUGCAGUUCCAUCAACAGCCCUCAACGCAUCAGUGAACUGGAUAAGGACCAGUUGUUGGAAAUUGCCAAGGCUAAUGCUGCUGCCAUGUGUGCCAAAGCAGGUAUGCCCAUCCCUGCCAGCCUAAGGUCCACGGUGCUUCCCCUGGCCCUGCCAAGUAUAGCCAUGAAUGCUGCUAUGGCUAGUAUGACUGCUGCCACAAUGACAGCAGCCUUGUCUAACAUAGGCACUCUGUCUUCACUGCUCCCACUGCCCUCCAUCACCAACAAACCACCUCCUGUCCCUGCUCAACCCAACAUUGCUGCUUUGGAGGAAGUGAAGCGGAAAGUAGCAAAGCAGGCCAACAGCAUCAGCAUUAAGGAGUUCACUGAUAAAUGCAAGAUGAUUGUGGACAGCAAAGGAGAGCUUCCUGUGGCAAUGCCUCACGUGUCAGAUGAAGAGGAUGAUGGGAAACCCUUUGGAGGAUCAGCUCUUCGAGAGCAAAAAGCCAUCAGCUUCAGUAUUAAUAACACGACAGUUCGUCCAGCAGUGCGUAGUGAUGCAGGCAUGGCCAAAGAGUUUCCAGUGUCUUCAGGAUGUCAGCAUCGUAAGAAGGAGGGCGAGACACAGGGUGCAUAUGGAGAAUGGGUUCCAGUUGACAAAUCGGCAGAUGAAGCUGCAGCUGCCUCCAGAAAGGCCCCGAGCGCUGCCCCCACAGUGACAUCCACGGCAUCAUCAGGUGAAAGUGCAGCAGCUGCAGUGUUACCGGUGGUGGUGGAACAGCCAGUGUUUGUGGCAGAAAGUGACAGCGUGUUUCCUGAACCACCAAUGCAGCCUGUGGAUAUCUCUCAGGCUGUAACUGAGAGGAUCAAAGCUCAAAGGCGAUUGGCAGAGAAUCCCUAUGAUGUCAGCGCUAUCUGCAUGCUCAGCCGGGCACAGGAGCAGGUUGAUGCAUGGGCCCAAUCCAACACUGUCCCUGGUCUUUUCACUGGUUCUACAGGAGCUCAGGUCCUCAGCUCGGAGGAGUUGUCCAACAGUGGACCACAAGCAUGGCUGAAGAAGGACCAGUUCCUCAGAGCAGCUCCAGUCUCCGGGGGUGUCGGGGAGUUCCUGAUGAGAAAGAUGGGCUGGAGGACAGGAGAGGGCCUCGGGAGGAACCGUGAGGGCACCGUGGAGCCGAUCAUUAUCGACUUCAAGGUCGACCGCAAAGGACUAGUUGCUGAAGGAGAGAAGCCACAGAAACAGACAGGAGGACUGGUGGUAACCAAGGAUCUAAUGGGCAAACACCCGGUGUCUGCCCUCAUUGAGUUGUGCAAUAAGAGACGGAUAAUGCAGCCAGACUUCGUCAUGGUUCAUCACAGUGGUCCUGACCACCGCAAGAAUUUCCUCUUCAAGGUCACAGUGAAUGGUGUGGACUACCAACCCCAGACAGCUAGUCCCAAUAAGAAACAUGCCAAGGCCAUGGCUGCUACAGUUGCCCUGCAGGCUCUGGGAGAGGUUCCUGUUGAUGGACCGGGACUCUACACUGGCCCUGUCUUCACUGCUGCUUCUACUGGUCCCCUGUUCUCUACAUAGACAUACACAAAAUAAUGGACCUGACAGACUCUGCAUGGUUAACCUGUUUCACAAGAUUCUCACUUCACUUGUGGGACACUGACUGAUUGACAGGCUGUUUCGUCCCAUUAAAGGAGCAGUAUGUAAGAUUUAGUGGCACGUAGUGCAAUAUUCAUGAGUAUGUUUUAAGUGAUACUCACCUCAAAAUAAGAAUAGUUGUGCUUUCAUUACCUCAGAAUGAGCCCUUUAUAUCUACAGAGGGAGCAAGGUUCUCUUCCAUGAAGCCCUCCAUGUUGCACCGCUAUAUUUCUACAGAAGCCCAGGAUGGACAAAUCAGACACUGUCUUUAGAGAGGGCUUCGCACAUUUUUCACGAGCUUCACUGCCACAGUAGGUUUUCCUAUACUCUUCGAAGAGAAUUCAUUUGGUUGCAGUCUUCAACCUCACCACUGGAUGCCACUAAAUCCUACCCACUGGUCCUUUAAAUAACAGGUCCAUCAUUCCACUCUGGUGGCUUAGUUAUCCACUAAGAAAUGAACACCAGUGAGAACCAUGAAGACCGGCCUGGCUUCAGAGGAUGCAGAAUAUCUUUGUAUGGAAAAUCCAGAUUUUCUACCUGAAAAAUCACACUUCAUGUUACAGUAUUCAUGACAAGGUUGCAGAUAUAUUUUUGCCAGGUUAUUACAACUGCAAAAGUCUCUCCAUCAUAUCAGAAGUGGAUGGCGUGUAUGUAUGUAUGCAUGUAUGAUGAUGUGUAUGAUAUAGUAGCAUUUCAGCCUGAUAUAUUAGCUGACCAAUACUGUAGUCUAACCAUAGACUAGUCAAGUUUCUCUGAACUGGAUUAGUCUCAGUGGUCACAGCAAGGCAGAGCUGAGUUGGGCUGUUAAAUGAAGACUUGUACUGUAUUUGUAAAUCACUGUGUAUUGUUGGUCAACAACUUUUCUGUUGGUCCUUAUAUUACAUUUGUGGCCUCAAACAAAAUGUUUCUCUUUCAAGAGGCUGUUAAACAUUAUAGAACUAACCUUCAAAAAAUGUGUAAACAGAAAUAAAGAUUAUA